UACUCCCUCCAUCCCUAAUAUAAAAUAUAUAUAUAUAUAACACGCUUCUGUUAAUUUCUUCCUCCAACUUCUGUCUCUACAUAUCCUCCAACUCAAAAAAUGCUAUGCAUUUUUCUACAUUUCAACACAACUCAAAACAAAUCUAAUUAAUUCAUACAAACAUGGCAGCAUCCUUCAAAAAAGUUUCAGUCAUAUUAUUCCCACUGUUCUUCAUUUCCCUCUUUAAAUCCUCUCGUGCUGCAGGAAAUGGAGUCUAUUGGGGCCAAAAUGGAAAUGAAGGUUCCUUAGCAGAUGCUUGCAACACAAACAACUACAAAUUUGUAAACAUAGCUUUUCUAUCCACUUUUGGCAAUGGCCAAAAUCCAACUCUAAACCUUGCAGGCCAUUGUGAUCCAGCCUCAAACGGCUGCACAAACUUUAGUAAAGAUAUCCAAACUUGUCAAAGCAAAGGCAUCAAAGUGUUGCUCUCUAUCGGAGGUGGCACUGGAAGCUACUCUCUCUACUCGUCUUACGACGCCUCACAGCUUGCAAACUACCUAUGGAACAAUUUCUUGGGUGGCACAUCAUCUUCAAGACCAUUAGGUGAUGCUGUUUUGGAUGGAAUUGAUUUUGAUAUUGAAGCUGGUGAUGGUCAAUAUUGGGAUGAACUUGCAAAAGCACUUGAUGGGUUUAGUUCACAGAAGAAAGUUUAUUUGUCUGCAGCACCACAAUGUCCUUACCCUGAUGCUCAUUUGGAUUCAGCUAUUAAGACUGGUUUAUUUGAUUAUGUGUGGGUUCAGUUUUAUAAUAAUCCUCAGUGCCAAUAUUCAAGUGGAAACACUAACAAUCUUGUUGAUGCUUGGAAUCAAUGGACUUCAAGUCAAGCUAAACAAGUGUUUUUAGGUGUACCUGCUAAUGAUGCUGCCGCUCCAAGUGGUGGUUUUAUUCCUUCUGAUGUUUUGAUUUCUCAAGUUCUUCCUGCUAUUAAGGGUUCUGCUAAAUAUGGUGGUGUUAUGAUUUGGGAUAGAUUCAAUGAUGGACAAAGUGGAUACAGUAAUACUAUUAAGGGCAUUAAUCAUGGACAGAGUGGGUCCUGCAAAGUUAAUGGUUUGGUCAUCAAUAUUUAUUUUGAGGGUCGUCUUCAACACUCUAUAAGCCCCGUGUAGGGCCCACCUUAGUGACUGUUGAAUCGCGACAAAUGUUUAAGGAAUGUUACUCUUCUCACUUUACAUAACUCAACUGUAGUUAACUAUGUUUUGAUUUCUACCUAAGAUAUUUUUUAGAGCGGUUUAAUCAUCUUUAAAUCAAUUUAACCAAUCUUACAAGUGUUCAACGACACUUUACUGUUGUUGCAAAACUGAACGGGAACCUACAACUUUGUAAUCACAAUUAUGUUUUUGGUUUCUAGUGGGUCCCAUGUUCCUAUCCAUUCCCAUGGCGUUUAUUUGUGGGAAACGUUGACCAUUCCUAGUGCCUCUUAAAAAGAGCAUGCCUCUCAACAACUUGAAAGUUUCUAUGAAUUUGUUGCUAUUCUAAUCACA